UUGCUCUUUUAUGAAUUUAGAAUGCCCUGACUGGACAUACUUCAGCAAAAACGAAUGCUAUGACUGUCUUUGUAAUGUAACAAACACAGAACGAUGUGACAAAAGAUCCGGAAAAUGUAUCUGUAAAUCUGGUUAUGAAGGGGAUCUCUGCAAUUGUAAGAUAAAUACUUGUAACAUCGAUGUGGCAUUUUGUCAAGACAACGAAAACGGCACCAGGUGCUUAUGUAAACCUGGCUACGAAAACCGAGGAUUCAAUUGUGAAGAUUCUAUGAGACUGAAUUCGACAAGAAAUCUGACAUCAAGUUAUAAAAACGUGAAAUACAGAAUAGGAGAUUCAUGGAUAUCUGGCUAUGCACCACGAUACUCUAACCCGCAGUAUUAUGGUGUUUGUGAACGACUGGGACUACCGACGUUCUACAACAAACUGUCGUCAUAUGCAGUUCCUCCUGAUACCGAAUUAGUGGAUUCUACGUGUAUGAAAGACGAGUUUUCUCGUCUUAAUCUCAAUUACACCAAGUGUGAGAAAAAAGUGGAUGAUAACUAUUUCUUCUAUCUAACCCGGGCAAAAGCUGAAACAGCAACAUGUUUAAGCGAUUGUCCUAACAUGAUGUUUUUCAAUGCGACUUCUUUCGACUGUGUCCCAUGUAGUUGUAACAACAACAACACAAAAUCCUGUAACCAGACGACAGGGGAAUGCACUUGCAAGGCGGGAUUUUAUGGAGCAUCAUGUGACUGCGUCCAAAAUCAGCACAACUGUAACAAUACGUUUUCCUACUGUACCUUUCAAGGAACUUCUCCUGCUUGUAAUUGUCGAGUCGGAUUUUAUGGAAAGAAAUUGGGCUGUUUCGAAUCACUAAGAUUCAUCAGGAAUACCGGAGUUUUGCAAAUGUAUCAUCAGGAACAAUGGAUGCUUAUCGGUUCCAGUUACAGCUGGGAUAACAAGGAAUCUAAAAUUGUUUGCACUCAGUUGGGUUUACCAUCAUUUUAUAUGUCAUACGUAUCGACGAGACGAAGUCAGACAGGACUUAUGUACAGUGAUUAUAAUAACAGGAAAAGGAUUACUUAUCUAUCUUGUAAUGGAGACGAAAAAGAAGCAUCCCAAUGCAGAUUUAGCACAUCUAGCUAUAUGUCAAGUUAUUCAUCGUUGGCAGUUUUGGAGUGUCGAUCAG